UGCUGUGAGUGCUGUGCUCUGGGUAUGAAGGCUCUCUCCCUCUCUCUGCCCUGCUCCCUCUCCCCCGCUCCCCCUCUCCCCCUCUCCUGCACGCACGCCUUCAUCACCUGCUGUAAAGGGGAGGGAUCAACCAGCAGGGACCCCCAAGGACCACAGGGGGCGCACAGGAGCACCGGGGCGCAGGAGGGACUGAGGGGAUCCCUCCCUAAUCGAUGUCAAGGUCUCUUGAACCCGUGUUCACAGUUCUGCACUGACACUGGCCAGUCCCUGCUCUGCUCCUGUUUCCCUGGUUACCGGCUCAACUCUGACCUCAAGAACUGCGAAGAUAUUGAUGAGUGUAUCACAGGCCAGCACUCCUGCUCCAGGCUGCAGCGCUGUAUAAACUCUCCAGGUUCGUUUCGCUGCACUGUGGAAUUGGAGGUCUGUCCGCAGGGCUACGCUGCCAACCACAGGGAGCACUGUUCAGACAUCAACGAGUGUGACACUGACCCCGUCCCCUGCACUCCCGGCUUCAACUGCGUCAACACCAUUGGCUCCUUCACCUGUCACCGACACAUCAUCAGCUGUGGGCGGGGCUACCGCACCAGUGAGGAUGGAACCCGAUGCAUAGAUGUCGACGAGUGUGUCACAGGUGUGCAUCGCUGUGCUGACAGUCAGAUUUGCACCAACGCUCCUGGAACGUACCGCUGCCAGUGUGCGAGGGGAUACCAGGCUGGGCAGAGCUCCCGGAGAUGUGAGGAUAUUGAUGAGUGCGCUCAGUACUCGGGUCGAGUCUGCGCUCAGAACUGUCACAACACCCCCGGGUCGUACUACUGCCGCUGCGAGGGGGGGUACAGCCUGGCUGCAGACAACAGGAACUGCCAAGAUGUAAAUGAGUGUGAGAGCGCCCCCUGCAGUCAGGAAUGCGCCAAUGUGUUUGGGUCAUACCACUGCUACUGCCAUAAGGGGUUUGUAUUGAACCAGCAGGACAAGACCACUUGUGAAGAUAUCGAUGAGUGCUCUCUUCAGGGCUCCCCCUCUCUCUGCUCCUAUCGCUGUGUGAACUCUCCCGGCAGCUUCCACUGCGCCUGCCCUGAGCUUGGGUAUGAACUGGCCAGCAACGGCAGGAACUGCAGAGAUCAGGAUGAGUGCGCUCUGGGGACCCACAACUGCUCCUCGCCCGAGAGCUGCUUCAACAUCGAGGGGGGGUUCCGGUGCCUGUCAGUGCAGUGCCCCCCGGGGUACCUGAGAACAGGGGAGCAUGUGUGUGAGAGGGAGUCCUGCUUGCACUCUUCCUUCUCCUCCCAACUGCAGUGCCAGUCUCUCCCGCAGAGGGUCUCAUUCCACCAGCUCUCCUUCCCCUCGUCCCUGCGGACCCCCGCCCCCAUCUUCCGCAUCGCCCCGAGCCCCCCGGUAUUCUCGGGGGACCGCGUGGAGAUGCGCAUCAUCGGGGGCAACGAGGAGGGUCUGUUCUCCGCGAGGAGCUCCGACCGAUACAGCGGCCUGGUCUCGGUGCUGGCUCCACCCCCCUCCACGCCACGGGACUUCCUGCUGCUGGUAGAGAUGACCCUGCUGCGCCACGGCGCCCCCACCAGGUUCCAGGCGCAACUGCGGGUGUUUGUUACCCCCCCGCCUCUGUAGGGAGGCAGGCUCGAGAGGAGAAGGGGUUUGAGAGAAUGAGAGAUUUUUUUUUUUU